AACCAUCAAAGUUUAGUAAACCGUGGAACUUUAAAAUGAAACUUUUGUUCGCUUUUGUCUUCAUCGCUUUUGUGAUUUUCGCUGUUCAUACAGCGGUUGUUCCAUAUGGAGAAAGAAUUGGAUCUGGUGAAGAUAUGAUCCACAACAUUGAAAAGCGAGGUGCAUGCAGAAACCUCACUAGUUUUGAUGAAAUCGAUGACAAUCCUAUUGGUUCUGCGAUUUAAAACUGUACUCACAAAUUUGGUUUGAAAAUUCUGGCAUAAAAUUCCUAAUGGCAAAUUCUUAUGUAUAAAGCACGUUAUAACAACUCUGCAUGUAUUAAAUAUAUUUAAUCCCCC